AUGGCGCCCAACCUGGAGAUACUAUCAAUAGAGAUGAUUAAACCUUCAUCACCAACGCCCCAUCACCUUAGAAAGCAUAAUGUAUCCUUACUAGAUCAACUUGCACCGCCAAUUUACAUUCCACUCAUUUUCUUCUAUCAGCCUAGCCAGUUGCAUACUUACAAAGAUCAUGCCCAAAUUUCUCAGUUCCUCAAGCGUUCGUUGUCCAAUGUUUUGUCUAAAUUUUAUCCCUUAGCUGGAAGAAUUUCCAGUAACAAUGUUUCAAUCGAUUGCAACAAUACUGGUGCUUUGUUUGUUGAGGCUCAAGUUCAUUCUAAUCUCUUGCAGGUCACAGAAAAGCCUAGCAUGGAGGAUAUGAAACAGUAUCUGCCACUUGAGCUUAAUGGUGGAGGCCUUCCCAUGAACGAGGCUAACACUGUCCUUCUAGCUGUUCAAAGCAAUCUCUUUGACUGUGGAGGCCUGGCCAUUAGCGUUCAAAUAUCACAUAUAAUAGCCGAUGGCAUUAACUCAGUGACUUUCAUCAAUGCAUGGGCUGCAAGCUGCCGCGGAGAUGCCGAAAUUCCUCAAUGUAGUUUCGAUUUGGCGAGUUUAUUUCCACCAAGAGACUUGGCCAACUGCGGUUUGACACCAACGACGGGUACCAAAAAGAUUGCUACCAAACGUUUUGUGUUUGACAAGGAAAAGCUGGGAAUACUCAAACAAGCUGCUGCUGCUGCUGCUUCUUCUCCUGAAUCACAAGUGAACGAACCUACGCGGGUGGAAGCCGUUUCAGCCUUUUUCUGGAAGCAUUUCAUAGAGUUAUCAAAAUCCAGGGCAGAUUCUAAGUCACACAAGAUUGUUGCAGCUGCCCAUCCUGUGAACCUGAGGCCUAGGAUGAAUCCUCCCCUGCCUGAUCACGCCUUUGGGAACUUGUGGAUCCAUGCUCUCACAACUCUGACUGCCGAGGAAGACAAAGGGAACCUGGCUCGUGUUUUGAGUAACACAUUGAGGAACAUCGAUAGCAAUUAUGUGGAGCAACUACAGAGUGGAGAUAAGCAUUUAGGUACUCUGAAGAAAGCAGCGGAACUACUCUCCAAGGGUGAGCUAGAAGUUUGCAUCACUAGUUGGUGUAGGUUUCCUGUGUAUGAAGUGGAUUAUGGUUGGGGAAAGCCGACAUGGGUGUGCCCUACCACCGUUCCCUUGAAGAACUUCGUUGUAUUGAUGAGUACAAGUUGUGGGGAGGGAAUAGAAGCAUGGGUGAAUAUGCUUGAAGAAGAUGUGGCUAGUUUUGAGAGGGACCAUACAGGUGUGAUGUGA